GUCUGGUGCGGACCAACCUAACGUGAUUUGUGCUCUGUAAGGCAGCUGACAUGUAACAAAUUCAGCUUUAGUAUCAAAAAUUGGAGCCGUCGUCCGAAACGACGUGGCUAAAAUGGAGUUACACGACGAUAAUUCCGCUGUUAAGGAUCGCAUCUUAGAAGACAUCAAGAAGGCGAUCAAGUUGCUCCACCAGCAGGAGGUGCAGCAGCUGAAGCGGGACGCGGCGAGCCGCGCGCCGUGCCCUGCGAGUGCUGCGCUGGUGAGCCACCUGGACGCCGGUCUGCGGCACGGCCUGCGCGAGCAACGCCCCGGGUACUGGCCGCUCGUCGCGGACGUCUCGCACUCGGAAACCCGGCGCACUCUGGCUGGCAUCUCCUCACCUUCAGCCAGGGGGAAGGCGUGGGUGCAGCUGGCCGUGUCGGAGGGUUCGCUGCGCAGCCACCUGCAGUGCGCGCUGUCGGACCGCGAGGCGCUGGCGCGCCACUACGGGGACCGCGCACUGCUGCGCGACCACGCGCGCUCGCAGCUGCUGCUGCAGCUGGUCGGGGUCGCAGACGCCGUCGCCGGGGGGCUGCUGCGACAGCAGGCACUGGAAUUGCGAAAACCGGCAGAAGAGGAAUCUGGGAAAAGCAGUCCGGGAGCAGGUGCGACGGGCCCCGACCCUCUGAUGAUGGCGUCGGUCACGUCGUCGCUGGCAUCGCCUGUAGACUCCGGGGUCGCCCUGCUGGAUAGCGACAGCGAAGCGACCACGGCCAACGGGGAGCCGGACGACGGGUCGAGUCUGCGGGAGGUGGAAGCCGCAUUCCACGACACGGAGGGCACCACACCUACGCCGUCUCUGGCCUGCCCGCCGCCGGUCGCCGUCGUGGAGAGCUGCGGCUCGCCUGCCGCGGAGACUCCUGUCGGCAGCGAGGGCUCGUGCGACGCAUUUGUGUACCCGAACUCGGACCCCGCGAACGUGCAGGACGCCGUGGAGAGACAGGUGCUGAACGAGAUCGCGCGACGCUUCAAGGAGAGCAACUCCCCCAGGAGGAAGGUGGACAGUAGCACAAAAGCUGGUACAAACCAACCUGCUGACACAAAUAAGAUGAGCGAGCCUAUCAUUACGAUGUGCAAUGAAAAGAAGUACGAAAUGGAGGAAAAGUGUGAUCUCAUGAACAAGGAAGCCAGCAUAAUGUGCGACAGUGAAGCCAAGAACAAUGAGAAGAACCGCAUCUACCACUCGCCAGAUAACAAGCAGCUAGAAGCAGCAGUUGGCGACACGGACGGCAUCGUCUUCCGGAGGCACCGUCGCCGCCGCAAGGGCAACGGCGACCCGGCGACCCCGAAGCGCGUCUCCUUCCACGGGGACGUGGGUGUGGGCGGGGCGACUGCCACGCACGUGCAGGGGCAGCAGUUCUCGGCGAGCUUCAUGCCUGCCCACCCCGUCGUCAAGAAGGACGUCGUGCCCGGCAGGUACAGCUGGUGUGCCGAAGGCGACGCACCGUUUGUGGAGCGCCGAGACGGGGGAGCGGGAGGCACUCGCUCUGACGUGCUGCUGGCGUCUUCCACAUCUUCUGUGGCGACGACUGAUACGACCGGGACAGAAGGUGCAAAAGAUGCAGAGGUCAGGGCCUCGACUGACAGCCUCGAGGUGUCGGAGGAGCGCGGCAUCCCCGAGGGGCGGGAAGACCCCCCGAGGCCGGCGGGGACGGACCGUGGCGGCUACCGGCCCUCUGGCAGUGGUGUCGCCAGCUGCGGCGCCCUGACGGCAGGAGCUGACGACAGUGCAAUAGCGGCAGCAGCCGCCGCCGCCGGGUCUAGGGGAGGAUGCUUUGUACUCAGCGCCUCUCUUGCAAAAUUUGCCUCCAUGGCUUCUUCCAUAGACUACUGGUCAUCAGAUGAAGCAGACGGUGACGAGUCUGCCCUCACGGACAAGCGCCAGUCUAUGCUCUCUGUCGCGUCGUCAGCUCCGAGUCUGAAAGCUCGCAUAAGCCAACGGCGGCUGACAGCUCUCUCACAGAAGCCGUCAAAAGCUCCUCUCCUCCAAAGGUUCAUGCGCUCGCUGGCGGGCUCUGCGCCACGCCGGCCACUCCCACAGUGGCGCCGCGGACUGCCCGUCGCCGCCCCCGCUUCCCCCUUCCCGCGCCUCCCCUGUCCCGUCCCCACUCCCCCCAUCAGCGCGACCGACUCGCCGGAGAGGGCGGUCGCCCUCGCGGCCGCCGACGCGACGUUUGCCGCGGAAAUGCGCCAGCUUGCCGCGCAGAAGAUUUCUGCCGCAGCUGCGGAGGCGGACUGCGGGCCUCCCGGCGAUGUGGAGCUGGACCGUGAAAUUGCACAGAAAGCAUUCUCUGCGACUGUCUUCUGUCGGCCUACUGAGACACUGUACAAGGUGUACAAGGUGAGCAGCUCCUACUGGUCCCCGGACGGGGCAGGCCCUCGCCCGCUGCUGCUGCUGCUCACCGACUGGGGCGUCUACGUGUGCGGCCUCAGAGCCAACCUGACCUAUUGUGCCGUGCUUGCUCUUGCCUACAGGGACUUGCACACUGUCAUUGCGGGCCCGCGGCUGCAGACGUUGAUCCUGGUUCCGGAUCCCGUGACACACCCACUGCCGCCACUAGCCCUGGCGACGCCAGAUGGCGACUGCGCACGCUCGCUGCUCUGCCACCUGGACGUGGCGGCGCGCCGGGCGUCCGUCUCGCAGAAGGUCCCCGGCGGCCCCAGGGCGCGGCUGCUGCUCCCGGUGCGGGGCGGACCGACGGCUCCGGCAGUCGCGGAGGUGUCGGCGGAUGACAUGGCGCGCCUCAAGGCUCAGUUGGACGUGGAGGAGAUGGUGCACUAUGCGCUGGUACGCGUCCAGGACGAGCAGCUGAGCCCCCCCUCGACCCCGCUGGGCCCGCAGCGACAGGGAUACCUGAUGGCGCGCGCCUCCGAGGACGAGCCGUGGCGCCCCGCCUUCUUCAUACUCAAGGCGGGCGUGCUGUACCAGUUUGCGGACCAGGCGCAGCGCCUGCCUCUGAGCGCCCUCCUGCUGGGGGGCGGGCACUGCCUGGGGGCGCGUCGCAUCGCCGUCGCCCACGCGCGCCCCCACUCCUUCGAGCUGUGCACCGCGGCCGACGGGGACGGCUCCGGUGCGGCGGUGGAGGGCCGCGACAGGCGCGUGCUGCAGAUGGCGGCCGCCGACGAGUACGAGGCCUCGGAGUGGCUGCAGGCGCUGGUCCAGGCUGCAUCCGGGCUGUACGAGGUGGAGCGGGCGGAGACGGUGCCGUGCUCGGUGGUGCUGACGCCGACGUCGGUGCUGACGUGCCGCGAGCACUGGUGGCCGCGCUGGGUGGGCGUCGGCAGCCCCGGGGGCGGCGCGGAGGGGCGGCACGGGAGGGCGGAGACCCUCGCCCGGGCGCCGCUCGCCGACAUCACGUCCGUCACGGUCGCCACUGACAGCGACAGCUGGUGCAUCCUGGAGUUCUCGUGCCGCGAGGUGCACGCCACGAGCGGAGACUGGGUGCUGUACUUCGCGUCGCCACGCGAGAUGAUCGCCUUCAGGGAGGCCCUGCGCGCACUGUGGCCCUCUGUUUCAAAGAGAGAAUUCCCGCUGCGCGGCCGGCUGGAGGAAGGUCUGCACCGGCGCUGUGUGGAAACGGCCCUGCAACUCGCGGCCGCCUGGGACCAGCUGCUGCCACUUGGCUAGCUGCGGAUGAAUGCUGGGCAUUGGAAGGGUGUCUCUCUGUAAUGUGCGGUGCGGAACAGAUGGUCGAGGAGCGGGAGUGUCUGCCAAAAACUGGGCCUCGGCCACUCCCCAGCUCUUCUGACCCCAUUCCUAACCUUUUUCGCUACAGUUCCUGAGAUUUGCCUCUUCUCUUCUGACCACGUAUCAAUAGUGCUAUGCCAGUUAGCAGGAAAACAACUCUGCAGCCAAGAAAAUCGGUAAUCCUAAAAGGAAAAGGGUAUACUACAAUACUAGCAAGAGCCUUAUCUGUGACUGUCUUCUGCUCUGUAUAUAAGAUAUCUCAAAAUCUGCUGUUUCUUUCUCUCAUGUUAAAAUUCUUAUUUAGACACUCUGUGCUCAUUCCCUACUGUUAUCUUCUUGUCAUUGUUAGUAACUAUAUGCAUGAAAUUAACUAGUAUUAAUCGUGUAUGUAAAAUUCAUCAAAAGUAUUGUACAUAAUUGUUACCAGCCAUUCUCAAAGCAGUGCAAACCAGAGUCAGUUUGUCCUGUCAGUAUUGACAGGACUAAAAUAUGUAUGUCCCAUCAGUCUGAGCUUCUCGAACCAGAGUCUACUUUUACGGGAGUACAAUACAUUUGACCAGGGUGAGUACGAUACGACAAAUUAUAAAGAAACUCAUAAAGGUUGGGAUCAGAAUUGGUGUUUAAAGAGAGCUUAUGUGAUAGUUAUAUUUCAGAAUUCAAACAGCAUUGCUAACUGUUUGUUUUGCACAUUUUUGCCCUCUUCUGACAAGUUUUAUAUAAAUUAACCGAUUUCUGAAGUUCCAGAAAUGGCCAUUCCAUGUUAUUCCUCCACACAUGCACUAUCUUUACCAUGAGAAAGCACUCUCUUGUUCUGAAACAUAAACACCUCCUGUGUUUGAUAUUUUUCAUUAAAGCACGGUUUCUGCCACUUAUUUGAAAUUUUGAUUUUCAGGCAACAGAAGUGAGAGGUGUACAUGGGAGAGGUAAAUGUUGCAAGAGGUCCCUCAAUAGAUUUUUAAAAUGAUACACUACACUUGAACUUGCAUGCUAAACUUUCAUUCUUCACUAAUUACAAACAGAAAACAACAGUUAUAGAUAUAGUACGGGGUGGUGACUGAGUCAUUCAGAUUGACAGGAAGUAGCUGCAUGAAUUAGUAUAGUGGCAUCACGGUCUCAGUAUACAAAAAACACAGAAGUUAUUUGCAAGUUAAAGAAUACUAAAGGGGUGAGAGACAGAAGUUGAGACACGUAAAAGCAAAGUGUUACAGAAAGCUGGAGAAGGAGACAUAAUUGGGUAAGAAAGGAGCAUAUAAACAAUCUGGCUAUGAAGAUAAUGACAGUAUUUGUUUGUAUUGUCCGCCUAGCCUAUACUUCUGUCCUAUAUUUCCUUCCCCUCUCUCUCCUCUCCCUCUCUUUUUCUUCUUUCCUCCACUCUCCCUUCCUCCACUUUCUCUUCCUCCACUUUUCCAUCCCCCUCCCCCCCACCCCCCUAUCUUUCUCCUCUUUCUUCC